AUGGACAAGCCCAACCCUCUGACAGCAGAGUCCGAACCCGACGUGAGCCUGGUGUUUGCUCAGGUCAAACUUCUGAACUACAAUGAGAUACCGCAAGCAAUAGAGACCGGUGUUAGGGCUUGUGAAGAAGAUUCUCUCUUCCGUUAUUUGAUCUACGACACUCAAAAUGCCGAUAAGAGGUGCCGCAGGCAACGAUAUUGGCUCUUCUACUACCUUGGAAUCGCAACCGCAGUACACCACCGUGAGGCACUUACUAUCGACCGUGGAAACUCACUCGUCAUAUUACGUCCUGCGCCUAAUUCGAGAAAAGAUACGUUAUUUGAUCGUACCUGGAAGCCUGUUCAUACCUUGGUUGUGCGGUUCCUAAUGGCAUUUGACACAAAGAUCCAGAAAGAGCGUCAUGCAGAAUUCACACGAAAACUUACGAUUACUCUGAAAGAUACAAUUGCAGACCGCAUAUAUGACAUGAUGUGGCUUGACGGAGAGUCUACCGCUCGCGACAAACAAGGGUUGGGUUAUGAUUUCAUGCUGGUCGGCUAUGCUGCCGGCAAGGCGGACAUUCUAGGUCGUGCCAUCUGGUCAUGCUCAUACAGCACCAGGCGCACAGAGUUGUACGAAAAAUUCGGUUUUUUGACAGUGGGCGAAUUCACUGUUGGUGAGGACAAUCCUACCUGGGACAAACCUCCAGUGCUUAUACGCGUUAUGGUACGGCAACCACAAUCGUUCAGUCGUUCAAACGAGAAGUCACAAGUAGGAUACACUAUGUUUUAUUGA